CUUGACCUGCCCCAUCCAUCAGAGUCAUUGCCAGGAGUCGCCAAUUAUCUCCGACAGCCCAUCCUAGCUGUCAUAGGUUGGAUAGCGUGCAAUUCCAAGGAGCCAUGUCCAUGUCCGCUGGCUGAUGCCGCCGUUGCUACUAUUACCUCCACUCCCUAUUAUCGUCCCAGGGCCUACCUACCCUGACAUCCUUGUUGCUUCGCAAUUCGCCGACGCAUCGAUAUUAACCCCCAAUUAUACAUACUUGUACCCGUUCCCUGGACCACUCUCUGGUACCUCCUGUCGGCGACCUACAUUCUCCAUAUUGUUGUUUGCAUCUGCAGCGCCAUUCACCCACUGCUGCUGCAACCCAUCACGACGGCCCACGCAUAAUUCUCGUCCUGUAAGCGAGAUCAAGACUGGAGUCGGGAUAGAACUAUCUGCAUCGUCAACGCACCUGCCCCGCCUUUCGUCCCGCCCAUUUCCAACCUCAACAUCUGGAACGACACCGUUCGCAUCGCCACAUUUCGCUCUCUUCAGCACUCACUCAUUGCAACAUUGACACUGCCGCUUGUCCCCAAACUGGUAUUCCGAGUUCUUGGUCCCGUGUUACAUCCGCGCAUCUUCACUACCAUCCAUAUAACGAAUCUCGACUGCUGUGCGAUCGAAGAUCG